AUGUUGCUGAGUACCAGUGCUGCCAAUUGGAUUUGGUUCAACCUGUCGUACCUCUUUCCAACUACUGUCAUCAUCUAUUGGCUCCUAUGGAUAGCAUAUACUCGCUUGUUCCACCCCCUCAGUAACGUCCCCGGGCCCUGGCUUGCUUCUGUCAGCAGAUUCUGGAUUCUCUUUUACACUUGGCGUGGGGAUAUGGACUUCACGCAGCGACGCCUUCACCAAAAGUACGGAACUUUGGUCAGAAUUGCUCCAGAUGAAUGCGCCUGCUCAGACCCGGAGGCCAUCAAAAAGCUCUAUCGCACACAGGGCCCCCUGACGAAGACUGACUUCUAUUCGGUCUGGUGGAACAAAUCCUUCUCGAAAUACCCCGACCACUUCAGCGUCACGGACGAGAAGCUUCACGCCAAGAGGAGGCGGAUCGUGAAUCACAUAUACAGCCUCUCGAACAUACUACAGUCUGAGGGAUAUAUUGAUACCUGUUCAAGACUCUUCAUGGAACGAUUAGAGGAAUUUGCCAAUUCUGGAAGAUCGUAUGCUUUCGAUGUCAUUGGCGAACUUUAUUUCGGGGGGAUGUUCGGAUUCAUGGAGAACGCCUCUGAUUAUGGCAACUACAUUACUUCUCUCGACACACUAAUGCCAGUGCUCUGCCUGAGCGGAAUUGCUCCUGCAUAUACGAGGCCUUUCAUCCUCGGCUCGGCAAUUUUUAGUUCCAAUGUACGGAAAGCUCUGAAAGCCAUCGAUCAUAUCGCGGCGGCAGCAAGACAGUGCGUCGCUAAAAGGCUUGAAGGUGUUUCGGCAGGAAAUCCUAUCCUUCGGCGAGAUAUCCUCCAGCAGUUGCUUGAAAUCUCACAAAAGAAGGCCGAUGAGGUCGAAUUUGGUGUGCAUGAAGUCGAGUUCGAAGCAUAUGUUGCCUUGUUUGCCGGCUCGGAUACUACAGCCAUCGCAAUGCGGGCCAUCUUUUACUACCUGAUGAACACUCCACAGGCCUACCGAAAGCUUCAAGUCGAACUAGAUGAUGCAGCCGCCAACGGAAAAAUCAGUUCACCAGUAAAGUAUGCCGAAGCCCUUGAGUUACCGUUCCUCUGCGCUUGCAUCAAGGAAGCAAUGCGAUUACACCCGAGCGUUGGGCUUACCAUGCCCCGCCAUACACCGAGAGGCGGGUUGGUUCUGGGUGAUUACCACAUCCCAGAAGGCUACAGAGUCGGAAUGAAUGCAGCUGUGGUACAACGCAAUCCACUCAUCUUUGGAGAAUACCCUGAUGAGUUCAUUCCCGAACGGUGGCUUGAAGACAAUGAUAAGAAUAUGGACCGUUGCAUGCUGAACUUUGGAGCCGGAACAAGGACUUGUAUUGGCAAGAACAUCUCGCUCAGUGAGUUGCACAAACUGAUACCUUCGGUCCUACGGCAAUUUGACCUAGAGCUUAUCAACCCAGAGAAUGGAUGGAGAACAAGCGACUUUUGGUUCAAUAAGCAGACCGGGCUUCAAGUCAAGGUAAAAAGGCAUUUAGAAAAGUGA